AUGAAAUCAAACAGCAUGGUGGACUUCGGAAACUAAAUAAGUGCCCCAGGCUGGCGGGUUUUAGGAUGCACUUAAACAGCAGCUGGAGUGUACUGGGCGGGGCCAGGCCAAGAAGUGACAGGAAAUUCCACCAUUCCCUGUUGGACUGCGUGGUCCGGAAGUGCAUGAGGAAGACCCGGCCGGGUAUUCGGGGACACGAAAUCUCCCCGGAGCCGCAGUCGCCGCGCGGGGCGGCCUGGGAAAGUCACCAGUCAGCAGCGCAGUGGCGGGAACCGCAGCCCGGCGGCCCUGGAACCUCCCAGAAAACUCAGAGAAAAGCAAUAAGAAGAAUGAAUUCUCUAAUAAAUGCUCCCCAGAAGAAGCAUACUGUUUCCACAUUUGUACUACAUAAAGUGGAAUAUAUUAGGUCUGUUAUCAUUAAGGAAUGUGGAUGUGGACUUCUCAAAGGAGGAAUGGGAAUAUCUAGACUGUGCUCAGAGGGCAUUGUACAUGCAUGUAAUGCUGGAGAAUUACAACAAUCUAGUCUUUGUGGUACUGGCCCAGCAUGAUUUGAAUCCUAGCACUUUGGAUGCUGAUGCAAGAGUAUAUGACUUCUCUCCCACUGCUCCUUGAAUGCACGGGAGAAAGCUGCCUUCUGAGACUUCCAAAGUCUCUACAUUGUGUGAAGCCUUUUAUAACUUAACGAAGUACUGCUAUGCAUGCAACCCUGCAGCAGUGAGUACAAACUUUCCAAUUUUUUGUAGACUCCAAUAAGCCUUUUCUCCAAUACAGUGGUUCCAACUUCCCAAAUGCUGCAAGCCUUUAAUACAGUUUCAUUCACUUCUAUGUGGGUGUAUCUGCAAGUGGGCAGAACUGCCUAGACAACAGAAGCAUCAUAUCUCAGUUUCUAAGACCACUGAAAAUAUAUUUUCCUAUCUCUUGGGCAAUUCCUGUGAGUGGGUCUUUUAAUCCCAAAAAGUCAUGGCCCACAGGUUGAGAAUUGCUAUUGUAUUAUCAUUUUCCUGUUUACAAAAUGUUUGGUGGAACAAUUAGUGGGUCCAGCACAUAUUUAUUAGAAACAUUUCCUGGGGAGAUACAACAUGCAUAUGGAUCUACUCACCCCAACUAGAAACUGAAAACAGAACCAAUUCAAUUUUUUUUUUAAUCAAUGAGCUUUAUUGGAAUUGCUUACAGGAAUAUGGGGAAGCAGUUACUUACAGGAGCAUAAGGGAAUCAAACAUAGUUGCUAUCAUGACUUGAAACCAGAAUGUGAUACUGCUUCUGAAUAAUAAACCCUUGCUACACACUGCACACCUGUCUGCAGGCAUAUCUAAAGAGCAUCCUAUAUUGAUGGCUAAAAUCCGCUUCCAAGGGGCAUGAUUUCUCUUUCUUCAAGUUAAGAUGACUGAAUUCUGUAGGUUUCAGAGAUUUCUUGAAUCUGUUUUUUUUUUGUUUUGUUUUGUUUUUUAAGAUUUAUUUAUUAUGUAUACAGUGAGUGUUCUGCCUGCAGGCCAGAGGAGGGCACCAGAUCUAAUUGUAGAUGGUUGUGAGCCACCAUGUGGUUGCUAGGAAUUGAACUCAGGACCUCUGGAAGAGCAACCAGUGCUCUUAAACUCUGAGCCAUCUCUCCAGCCCCCUUGAAUCUGUUUUGAGUGGUGUAUUCCCUGCCUUAAUCAACUUCCCUCAGAAUGUAUCACUCCAGUCUCCGGGAAACUGUUAAAGAGCAUAUACUUGAGGUUACUGCAUUUUGUCUUCAUCAUGAAGUAUUCGACAUUGAACAGGCAAAAAGUUGACGAAAAUUGUCCUACAUUUUCAUUUUCGCUCUGCAUAAACUUAUGAUAUUCCCGAUCUAAGGUUGAUAUUAGUAACACUCAGAUUUCAUAGUGUGAUCAAAUAUCCCAGAACACAUUCUAAAAGCUAAACCAACAGAAAAGGAUUUCUCAUAUUCACUACAUUUUUAAUCUUUCUCUAAUGUAUGUAUUUUCUGAUGUAUUCUAAGAGAUGAGCCCCAGGUAAAAAAUUUGUCACAUUCACUACAUCUGUAAGGUUUCUCUCCUGUAUGUAUUCUCUGAUGUAUUCUAAGAGAUGAGCCCCAGGUAAAGGAUUUGUCACAUUCACUACAUUUGUAAAGUUUCUCUCCUGCGUGGAUUCUCUGAUGAGUUGUAAGACUGCCACUCCCUGUAAAGGAUUUUUCACAUUUAGUACAUUUGUAAGGUUUCUCUCCUGUAUGUAUUCUCUGAUGAGUUCUAAAUGUUCCUUUUUUGGUAAAUGAUUUGUCACAUUCAGUACAUUUGUAAGGUUUCUCUCCUGUAUGUAUUCUCUGAUGAGUUCUAAAUGUCCAAUUCUGGGUAAAGGAUUUGUCACAUUGAGUACAUUUGUAAGGUUUCUCUCCUGUAUGUAUUCUCUGAUGAAUUCUAAGACUGCUUUUUGUAGUAAAAAAUUUGUCACAUUCACUACAUUUGUAAGGUUUUUCUCCUGUAUGUGUUCUCAGAUGAUUUCUAAGUGCUGCUUUCUCAGUAAAGGAUUUCUCACAUUCAC